GAAUUCCCCUUCCGAAGAAACCGAACAUUGCAUUUUGUAGUUCGUUAUGUGACCGACCAACACGCUAGUGGUAGUUUCAUGUUUCAUCACCUAAAGAAGAACUCAGUUUUAUUUUUACUUUAAUUUAUUUCAUAGGCCCACUACAGUUUUAUACUUUAUCUUUUUUUUUUUUUUGGUUUGAGUGGUUGUUGCAAGCAUCUUAUGCCUAGUUUGCGAAGCAUGAAUCUAAUUCCAUAAUGUGUUGCCAAGAAACACUUUGUUACACCUUUCAUCUAUCCCUUCGAAGUAUUGCGUCUAUAUAAAUUACGGUUUCUUGGGUUUAUAGUUCAAUCUUUGAGACUAGUUUGGUGGGUUGAAGAAAAAUGGCACAAUUGGAUUUGGAAGAAAAGGGUCAUCAUAAGAAGGAAGUGAUUCGGAUAGAACGCGAAUCGGUGAUUCCAGUUUUGAAGCCGAGGCUCAUCAUGACAUUGGCCAACCUUAUUAAACAUAGUGCUGAUCGAGUUGAGUUUUUGAAGCUCUGCAAGAGAAUAGAGUAUACAAUUCGAGCUUGGUACCUUCUACAGUUUGAGGAUAUGAUGCAACUAUAUUCUCUCUUUGAUCCUGUAUCCGGGGCUCAGAAGUUGGAACAACAGAAGUUACCUCCUGAAGAAAUUGAUCAACUUGAACAGAAUUUCUUGGUUUACCUUUUCGAGGUCAUGAAAAAAAGCAACUUCAAGAUUGCAACUCAAGAAGAGAUUGACAUUGCACUUUCUGGACAGUAUCUUCUAAAUCUCCCCAUUACAGUCAAUGAAUCUAAGCUUGACAAGACUCUUUUGAAGAAGUAUUUUGAAGCACAUCCGCAAGAUAACCUUCCAGAUUUCAAAGAUAAGUAUAUUAUUUUUCGGCGUGGCAUUGGAAUUGAUAAAACGACCGAUUUCUUUAUCAUGGAGAAAGUGGACAUGCUCAUAGCACGUUUUUGGUCAUAUAUAUUAAGAAUAACCAGGUUGGAAAAGUUUUUAUCAAGAAGGCCAAAAAGGCGCGAUAGGAAGGAUCCCAAGAAGGACGAUGAAUUUACCUCGGAGUCAGAAGAUUAUCAGGAUGAUAUAUAUGAACGGAUACGUCUUGAAAAACUGCCAUUGAGAUUUGGUAGUUUGCUGAACAAGAACACAAUCCAAGAACCUACAUUUGAUAGGAUAAUUGUUGUGUACAGGCCGGCUAGUUACAAUUCGAAAACAAAAGAAAGAGGAAUUUUUGUGAAGCAUUUCAAGAACAUUCCCAUGGCUGAUAUGGAAAUAGUUCUUCCAGAAAAGAAAAAUCCUGGAUUGACUCCAAUGGAUUGGGUCAAGUUUCUUGGAUCUGCUAUAGUUGGGCUGGUAGCUGUAGCUAGUUCUCUUGAUGUUAAUACAGCUGAUUUGCAUAUCAUUGGUGCCGUUCUUUCCACUGUAAUUGGAUAUAUUACUAAGACAUACUUCACGUUCCAACAAAACUUGGUCCAAUACCAAAAUUUGAUUACACAGUCAAUGUAUGACAAACAACUGGACAGUGGAAAGGGUACACUUCUCCAUUUAUGUGAUGAUGUCAUUCAACAGGAAGUUAAAGAGGUAAUACUAUCAUUUUUUAUUCUGAUGGAGCAGGGAAAAGCUAAUAGACAAGAACUCGAUCAAUGGUGUGAGGAGCUACUAAGAGAAGAGUUUGGGGAAAGCUGCAAUUUUGACGUGGAUGAUGCAGUUCAGAAAUUAGAGAAGUUGGGAAUUGUCACCAAGGAUAUCAUUGGCCGGUAUCAGUGCGUUGGACUGAAACGGGCAAACGAGAUAAUAGGCACCACCACUGAAGAGGUUAUCCUUAAGGCAAGACAGGGAAACAUCGCUCCUUAAUGGUGCUUUGGAAUAAUUGUCAAUAAUCA